CUUUCUCUGAAAAAUAUACACUGUUUUUCCUUGGAUCAUGGCAGCCUAUGCAGCCAUAGUUUCUCUUAUGAAUACCAUCAAUCAGAUCGAGCACCACCCUUCCCCUCCAAUUUCUAUCCACAAACAACAACUUGAAUCUCUCACUCAAAUUCUUACCUUUUUGCAGGAAUUUCUUGAAAGUUAUAAGUCCCCUGUUGCCGAUGGAGAUGAAGCUGAUCCGCUGGAGAUGCGUAUCGCAGAUGCAGCUCAUGCUGUUGAAGAUGUUAUCGAAUCACAUAUUGUGGACAAGCUUCAGCCGAGGAGAUCCAAACGUAUCGCAGAUGCAGCUUAUGCGGCUGAAGAUGCUAUCGAAUCUCAUAUUGUGGACAAGCUUCAUCUGAGAAGAUCCAAAAAAGCCAAAAUUGAUACAGCUGAAGCUGAUGAACAAAUCAACUUCUAUCAAGAUCGUCUACAACAAGUGAUAGAAGAAAUGAAUGUGAUCAAGAAGGAAGCCAUGGAAAAUGAACUGGGUAGAUCAAUGAGUCCCAACCAAGAAUUUCUCCAAGGCUAUGUUGUAGAUGCAGCUCAUGCGGCUGAAGAAGUGAAUUCUAGAGAGGAAGUCAGUUGCAUCGACUUCUAUCAAGAUCUACAGCAAGUGAUAGAAGAAAUGAAUGUGAUCAAGAAGGAAGCCAUGGAGACUUCCGCUGAAGCUCAGCUGCAGAGAAAGGUCUCCUCGACUCAUGCUGGCUCCUUGACGUGCUCUUCCACUGCGAAGGAAAGCAAGAUGGUGGGCUUUGAUGACGUGCAACUUCAACUCUUGGAUUGGCUCACUGGAGGGAACCGUAACCGCCAAAUCAUCCCAAUCACAGGGAUGGGCGGGAUUGGUAAGACCACUCUUGCCCGACAUAUAUUUGAGCAUGCCCUUGUUAAGCAACAUUUUGAUAUUUGUGCGUGGACUACAAUUUCUCAAACUUAUAAUGUUAGAGAAACACUUAGAGAAAUUCUUUACCAAGUGAGUGGAGAUUCGAGGGAUGACUUUAGUGAUGAGAACGAAUUGGGAGAAAAAUUGCACAAGUGUUUAUGGGGUAGGAGGUAUAUUAUAAUAUUGGAUGAUAUGUGGAGUGUAGAAGUGUGGUACAAGAUGAGGUUUUUCUUUUCCGAUUACAAUGAUGGGAGUCGAGUAAUUGUAACGACUAGGCUCUCAAACUUGGCUACUGAGUUGACAAACUCUAACAGCAUUGGUAUGAGAUUUUUAGAUGAUGUUUGUAGCUGGAGUUUGUUCUCCAAAACUGUAUUUGGGGAUGAGGGUUUUCCUCUUCAUCUCGAGGAAAUCGGAAAGAAAAUUGUGGGGAAGUGUAACGGACUUCCUUUGUCGAUUGCUGUGAUUGGGGGUCUUUUGGCAAAGUCCAAACUUACACCGGAAUAUUAGGAGCACAUAGAGGAAAACAUAAGCUCAAUUGUGAUUUCGGAAAAUGAUGAAUAUUGGUUGACAGUAUUGAAACUGAGCUAUGACCAUUUGCCUGCCUAUCUGAAGCCUUGUUUUUUGUACAUGGGGAUGUUUGGGGAAGAUGAGAAAAUUAGGGUCUCAAGACUCAUGGGCCUAUGGGUUUCUGAAGGCUUUCUUAAACCAAUCUAUACUAAUAGAAAAAGAGCGAAUGACAAUUUAAGGGACAACUUGUGGAUUGCCUAUUUUACCCCUAAAAUAUAAAUUUGUUAGUAUAGAUUAAUAAUUAUCAACAUCACGAUUUUUCAAUUAAUUUUGACUCCUUUCUUUUUUUGCCUUUUUAAAGAGAAUGACUCACGAUUUUUCAAUCCAUUGACUUCAUAAUUAUCUAAAUUAAGGGAUAUAAUAUAAUUAUCUAUGGAAGAAGUUCACUCUAAUUCCGUAUAUAUUAAUAUAUAUCAAAAUCUUUAUCUUAUGUACUAACUAAACUAAACUCUAAAUAUAAAUAAAAAUUAAUUAAAGUUCUAAUUCUUCUCCAACUCAAUCAAUUAUCUCCUCGCAACUAACCUCAAAGCCAUCCUUCCGCACCAUCGCAUACAACCUCGCCGCCGCUGUGAGCCUUCGGUCCGCCGCGCUUCACCGUUGCUCUUAGUCUUUUUUCAGGUCGCCGCCUCCCCUCUUCGAAGGCCGGUUGAGGUCACCCGACAAGUUAAACACUUCGAAGAGAACCAUUCCGUUCAAUUUCUCGCUUAAUUAGUCGGGCAGAGAAGCUUGAAGGUGAUCUAUCAAGGUCGCCGCCGUCGACUGGAAUUUCAUAAUUUCCUCCGCACAUGGGUACGCCUAUGAUAUUAUAUUCAAAUUUCAGGAGAUUAUAUUUUGUUUUCAGUAUGAAUAUGCUACAAAAUAGUUUGCGAUUUUAUGGUAUUUGAUGGUUUGUAUUUCUCAUUGCUCAAUAUCUAAGAUUAUCAAUCCCAAUAAUAAACUAAGAUAUAGAUUCAGACUCUCUCAAAA